UUGAGCAUAUUACUACAACUCACAUAUUUGGUAUGCAAGCCCUACUCUGUAGUGGAUGGACCAGUUGCAAUCAUUUAUUGAGUUUGGUUCAUUUUAGAAGACUAUUGCAUAUAUUCCAGUGUCACACGAGUCAUCAUGAUUUUUCUGCUACAAGCAAUAGAUAUUCGACGCCUUCGAGUUAAGACGGCAUUUCUUAGGACCAGGCAGAUAAUACGGAUUAGGGCAGCGCCAGUCUUGAUCCACGUGUCCUUGAAGGAAAGGUGUCGAGUACAAUGUACACAAAAUAACAGUCACGGCGAAAGAAAACAUCCAUGACGCCAAAAGAGAUGUUCAGUACAGAGAAACUGUUCAGUGGCGAAAAUGAGAGCAUAGUGAUAACAAUAGAAACGCCAGCACAACACUGACUAUAGAAGGGAGAAAGGUUAACAUUUGAGUGGUACAACUUUGAACCAGGCGAAUACAGAACUAAAACCCGAAGUAUUCAUGAGCAACACAGAAACCAAGAAACCUUGCCAUGCCAUUCACGAUGACGGUAAUAAUUGACAACAGUUAGGGAGAAUGGACUGAAAGACUUGGGGUUAAGAUUAUUUUUGAAGUUAUAAAUCUAGCAAGUACAAGCUAUUGAGAGGUAGGUGGAUCUGUUUUAGAAUUAUAUAAAAUCACGAAAAAAAAACUAUCAGAAACAGCAAAGGACUACAAAGUCGUACCACAUUUUAGUGGAAUUGUAUUAACCCCCAAGAAAUGCUUUUUGGUCACCAGAAAGUCUAAAAUUUGCAGAGCGAGUAAAGAGACUAAGAAAAUGAAAAAAUAGUAACCUUUUUUUUAUUAUUCAAAUGCUAACAUAACAUUACCACCAUUUAAACAAAGCCAUGCAAUAGUUUCGUUGGUCGUUGUAGCACACAAAAUGCCUUGGCUCGAGGAAGAGUGCUACUUUUUUCCCAAAUUGACCUUUGUUCACCAUAUUUCUAUUUUUCUAAUUGUUCUAUACCCAAGCAACCACAGAACAUUUAUUAUCUUUCCAGCAAACAGAAAAGGUUAUUGAAGAUUGCGAUCCCCAUGGCCCAACUCAUAUUUGAGUUCUACAAUUUUCCAAGUGAUCAAAGGAACAUGGGAGUUGAGACAUACAGUAACCGCGCAAUCUCAGUUUUCAGCCUUGCCCCAGAUCAAAGCAACACGCAAAUAACAGAAGCGUUCUUCCAACGUUAAUCUGCCAAAGGUAAGUAGCACGCGCACAUAAAAUCAACACACAGACAAUGUGUACCAGGAAAUACUUCAUUGGCAAAAAGAACGAGGAAAUAAAUCCCCUUACAUCUACAAAUUUGGCAUCGAUUCAUGAAGUAAACAAACGCAAUGGCAUGUUGAAUUGUUAUGGACAGAAAAGGAGAAAUGAAAAGCAAUUUAGUUGAGUAAUACUGCUCAGUUCAGCUUUCUCAGAGUCGAUUAAUGAAUUUUUCACUUUAGUGAACACUUCAGACAAAAGAAUAUCUUUGAUUUGUGUGUAUUAUGGUUAACGGCGCUUCUAUGCAAACGCUUUACACGGUGACGCAAGCCAUGACAGUGGUCCAAAUUGCUAUACUGCGCUCUAUCUCGUAAUAUAGAUUUAGGUCUCUUAGAUACAUCGUACGAUCAAUUUAUUCAUUGCAAACAACUGAAAUACUUUUUCUGCAUAUAAGGCCUAACAAAGUGUUUUACUUGGAAAGCGAAGUUUGCAUUUAGCAUUACGCCUGGAGUAGAAUGAUAGGUGUCGGUUAAUAUGACAAAAGACGAACAAAGGGUGGGAUGGGAAAAGAUAAGAAUGGAACGCAAAAACUAAAUUAUGCAACAACAAAUGAAAAAUAAGUGUCCAGCGGAUGUACCUGCCUACCUUUUCCAUAUACUGGAAAUGUGUUCAUAUUUCAUAUUAAAAUGUUCCUCCAAGAAUGUAACAAAUCAAUAUUUCUUUAUUCUUUGUUUUUUCAGAAAUGGAGUUGACGAAGAACUUGUUUGUUGCCCUGGUUGUUGUCUUGCUGAGCACAACGUCGGCCACUACCGCAACGAAUUCAUCUUCAACAAGCACUUCAAUGAGCCAAACAGAGAUUAUGGUCACACUGCUGAUUGCUCCGAGAGUUAUUAACGUCACUGCGCAGAUGAAGACGUUCUACCCUUUCAUUACUUCCUCGGACUAUCUUUAUGAGCCUCCCAUUACUCUUGGGCUUGAUCUUAACAAGGACUGUAUCGGCCAACAGCUGCAGGCAAAUGACAAGCUCGGCGCAUUGUUUUCGCAGAUGGCUGUGUUUAUUCGUCCUUUGAAUUUUGCCUUCAUGUACGAACACGAUCAAGGACCCAGCCAUAGUCGUUUGGUAUACGUUCUUGAGAUGACAAGUUUCUAUUUGAAUGACACAGUCUCUUACAUCAGGCGCAAGAUAAAAGGCAAAGGAUGGUCACUUCCUGAUUAUCCCACGAUUUCAGAAGCAAAGCUUGAUGAGCUGACUCGUGUUUACCUGAAUGCUCUGGUGCGUAGGAAUCUGGUGACUUUGACGAUCACAAAUGAUGUGGUGAAGAGAUUCCGCAACUACGUCAUUAUUUACACGCUUUACGACGUCAUCAAAGAAAUUGGUCCUUGUUUUUAGCUGGCGCGAAAGCUGGAGAGACUGGCAGAUGCUUACGUCACGGUUACAUUAGCGCCAGUAUCCAAUCUUCUCUUAGUGUAACAAAUACCAUAGACUGUAUCGUUGUGUAGCUAUAAUAAUCAGUUUUUACAAGGAAGCAAGACGUAGUCGGGAAAAAAAAAGCAGUUUCGACAAUAACUGAACAUGUUCCUCGCUGUCGUUAUAAGUCAAUAGCUUUUAAAUUUUAGUUUUUAUCAGUAAACAACAAUGGAAGAGUCUUAAGUAUUUCAUCACAAUAAUAGAGCUUAACCCAACGGGAUGACGGAAGAGGACUUGAGAUGACGGCAAAUCACAAGUGAUCGACACGAAUGCUCAAAGUCAUGGCUAAAAAAACUGCGUGGUUAAUUGAGCCGACCGAACCAUAGAAAUAUGUUGCAUACUGCCUCAUUAAUUUUUCAACAAACCCUAACUACAAUAUGAUAUCGAUCAGCGUGUAUAAUGUCUUCUUUAGGUAUUGACAAAGAGCUCUCGCUCGCUUACGUACUUCUUUGAAUGUAACGCUUCGGUUAGGGAAGGAGGAUGGCUAGAGCAGUUUACUUUCUGAAGAAAAAUUUAAAAAUAGUCAAUUUUUCUAGUAAUAAAGUGAAGUGUUUUAGUGACGUGUGACUGAGAGUUCCUAGGUACAGAAGCGUAUCUUAAAAGCUAUUGAGCGGUACAUAUUUCAUUCAUAAUUCACUGCAGAAAGAAACAUAUAUCAGCAGAUCUGAAAAAGAUAGAAGGUUUUCAUGGAGGCCCAGUUGGUGUUCCUAAGCAUUAAGAAUUAUCAUUCGAUACACUGUUUUAUUCCUUUUCAUUGGCCGAGAGUUCCCCACAAGACCUGCAAAUAACUGCCUCCAAAUAAUCGCCUGCU